AUGUCUUCCGGAAUCGCCACUUUAUUAUCAAUCCCGGCAUCAACGUCAGCGCCGGGAGAAGCGUCACACAGCGAUCUCCAAGCGCUCAAGGAUCAAGCGAAUAUGUCAAUGCCACAGAUAGAGCUUCCAGAAGAGGAGCCAAUUGAGGAAUCAGCUCUCGAUCGCCUUUCCCAUUAUCCAUAUCAAGUGUUUGUUCUCUCCGAGUACGGAAGACCGAUUUAUGUCUCAUGUGGUCAAGAGGAUCAACUGUGUGCGUUUUUCGCGCUGAUUGGCGUCUUUGUAAACCGAGUACGGCACAAUGGAGACAUGCUUAACUCGAUUUCCUCUAAAGAUCUUCAUGCUCAUUUUUUGUUCCGAAAACCGUUGAUUCUUUGUAUAGUCUCAAAGCGAAGAGAUCAGCUGAGAUCUCAAUUGGAGGUGCUAUUCAAUCAGAUUUUGUCGACGAUAAGCCGAAAGCAGUUGGAAACGAUUUAUGAGAAACGGGGUGACAAUUAUGAUUUGAGGCGAUUGUUGGGAGGGACGAACAAAUACAUGGACGGAAGUCUCUCCAGUUGGCACUAUGAUCUCGCGCAGAUCUCCUCUGCCAUUCGAGUGUUACCAAUGGAGGCAGCUGAUCGAAAUGCUUUGUCUACUACACUUGUGAAUAGUAUAACAAGUGCGAAUGUUGAGGGGAUGCUAUUCGCCGUUGUGUUGGCCCAUCGACAAAUUGUUUGCUUGUCCAGGUUGAAGAAGCAUUUGUUGGAUCACAAGGAUCUGAGCCUUAUCAUCAAUUUGGUGUCAAACACUUCAACGAUUGCCGAUGCAGCGAUUUGGACGCCUAUUUGUUUGCCAUUCUUUAAUGACAGCGGUUUCCUUCACGCGUACAUUUCCUCUUUAUGGGAGAAUUCGCCCGCCCAUCUCGUGCUCCUUUCCGUCGAUCGAAACACUCUCAAAGAUCUCCAUUUGAUCAAAGAGGACUUUUGUGCGAAGAUUCAAAGUAGUCCAAAAAUUUUGAAUUCAUUCGAGGCAGCUGUCACCUCACCACAAUCGUUUUCUCCCUCAAAUAUUGGCACUGGAUCUGAGAUGUUGUGGCAUUUCUUGUAUCGAAAUAUUUCCUCUCGUCAGAUUUGCCUCUCUGCCUCAAGACCACCUUUUAUUGGACAAGAGGAAAGAGUUUUACUGACAAGAAGCGCCUCUCGAGUGUAUGACAUUUUGCGAUCAGUCGAUGGGAUUCGGCAAAUUUUCGUUCGAAACAAGAAAGAAGUGCUUUAUGUGAAGGCCGAAGAUCGCUACGAGCUUCAAUGCGUUCUUUCUCCAUUUUGCUCGCCAACAAUGGCCUCUAUAUUAGGCGAUCGUUUGUUAAAGGCUCUAAAGACGUACGAGGGUCGCUAUUUCAUCACACACGUGCCAUCAUUU